AUGGAGGAGACGAGGUCGUGGGGGAAUGCGGAAAGUGGAGACAACGGGGCUGUUAACGUUAGCGCGAGCUCGGGGGAGGAAGGAAGCGUGGACGUGGUGCAGGUCGGGUCGGAUGAGGUGGGUCCUACCGGUAAGGAGGAAAGAUGGGCCCAAAGGAGAGAACAGCACCAGCACGGUAACACCUGCCACCAGCACCUGAGCGACCGGCCGGCAGGAGCGGACGAGAUUCUAGCAACGGCCAGCAGCAGGCCCUAG